AUGCUGACUUCUGUUUCUGAUACCCUGCUCGCGCACUAUCUGUCUAGCACGGGCCCGAUGCUGUCAACUUUGCCUGCAAGAUAUAGUCCUUUCUUGACUUUUCUUGUCCCCUUGGCGCUCAACGAUGAUCUUGUAAUGCAUUCUCUAUUAGCAUUGAGUGGGACGCACUUGAGCUACCAGAACCCAUCACGAGAGAUCCAAAGGGCGACAGAGUGCCAUUAUGGGGCAGCAAUUAGUGCCCUGCGUCAGUCAAUGUUUGGAACGACCCUGGAGAUGUCCAAGACACUCAAGAUUCUAAUAACACUAUUGAUACUCGCUUUCUUUGAGACGUUAUCAAACAACGUACAGGGUGCAAUGUUUUUCCACCUGCGUGCUGGCCGCCCUCUCAUGAUAACCCUGAUGGAAAGCAUUCCCCAACUAAAGGCCCAUGAUGAUCGUCGACGGCUAUAUAGUUUUGCCGUCGAGGUAUACAGCUACUUGGUACUGGUCAACACAAUCACGCCCUUAGACGCCAUCGAAGAUAGGAAACUGCCACUUGAUUCAUUUCUUAACAACCUUGGUGACUUAGGACACCAGUUCGAAUCAUUCGGAGCGGUAUUCGGCGGCAGCCACGAGCUGUUUGAACUCUUACCAUCCAUUGCGAAACUUUCCUCCCGAAGAUUAACUGAGCUACGGUCCUCUCCAUCUGGUGACAGUUGGAAAAUGUACCAUUCCCUCGAUGAUCGAAUCAAGAAUUGGACACCACCCGCGAUGGAACUACCGCACCCCGAUCCCGGCUGGCUAACCGAAGCCAAAUCCUUCCUCAAUGUUUACAGGCACUCCGUUUCGAUAUAUCUCGAAACUGCUAUGCACCCCUUGGGACAGCAGGAUGAUGUAGAUAAAACAUCCAAGCACACUAUCCAAGGGCACCUCGAUGCGAUAAUGCUUCAUGCCAGCAAUAUAAUAAACUCCCCUUUCGAGACACUGCUCCUGUGGCCGGCGGUCAUUGCGGGAUCCUGCAUGACUCGCGAGGAGCAGCGGGCCAGUAUACGCUGCGGACUACAUGAGUCCCGCUUCCAGAUGGGCCACUGUUACCAGGCCGCGUCGCUGCUCGAACAUGUAUGGCGAGACCCUGAUGAACGGAUAUUUGGGCCCUACGGUUUGAGCGUGAUGAUGAAGAAGCAUCACAUUAGCCUUGGGAUCGCGUGA